UUAAAAUAAUAUUAAAAUUAAAAACUCUGAUUACCAUUAUCUAGAGAUAAGACAAUCAAAGUUCAACUGUAACAAAAUGUGGCUGUUCUGGUUAUUAGUCGUAGCUAUAACAAUAAAAGUAUUUAAUAAAUUAACAUCGGGAAAAUGUUACGCAGAUACGGUAAUGAGUGGCAAAGUGGUGGUGGUAACUGGCGCGAGUGGAGGUAUCGGCUUCGAAACCGCAUUGGAGUUAGCAAGACGAGGUGCUAAAGUAAUAAUCGCAUGCAGGAGUCACCAGAAAGGAGAGAGAGCGGUCCGAAUCAUUAGCAAAAUAGCCAAAAACAAACGGGUACGCUACAUACAUUUGGACCUCACAUCUUUAGCGUCCAUACGAAAGUUUUGUGAUGAAUUAAAGGCCACUGAAGCAAAAUUGGACGUGUUGAUAAACAACGCCGGAGCGUUUUGCACGAAACGACAGAGGACUCCCGAUGGUUUAUUAAAAGAUGAACAAAUCAAUUAUUUUGGACCGUUUCUAUUAACCAUUCUCCUAGUUCCCAUGUUGAAGCGGGUCGCAUCAAGUCGUGUUGUACUAGUUUCUUCAGCAUGGCACAAAUUAGGAAGGAUUGAGAGAGUCAAUGAUGAAAAUGCAGGUUAUAUACAAGCAUAUGCAACUAGUAAACUAUGUAAUAUAUUGUUCUGUAAGGAGCUGGCAAGACGCUUAAAAGGUACCGGGGUUGUUGUGAAUAGCUUAAAUCCGGGACAAGUGAAUACGUCAUUAUAUAGAAGUGUAACCGUUUUGGAAAAAUUAAGAAGUCUAGUGCUAUACUUCUUUUUUAAAACACCGUCAGAAGGUGCACAGACAUCUGUGUAUUUAGCAGUAUCAGAUGAGUGUGAUAUGGUGAGUGGAAGAUAUUUCGAAGACUGUAAAGAGGUGAUGCCUAGCUCCAAAACUGAAGACGAAGAUACAGCAAGUCAACUGUGGGCGAUGAGUGAAGAACUUGUGGGUUUACAGCCAGAUGAGUUAGCCCAUGUGACCAAUUCCAAAGGGAUGGUUAGUGGGGAGUGUAAUUAGGGAAAACUGUAGUACAAUAAUAAUAAAGAUAUACUCAAAGGACACUUAAAUUUUUUUAAUAAAAUUUAAACAUCUUUGAAAAGUAAAAGGUUUAAGUAUUAGUAAAAAAACCACUGCAACACCACACAUUAUUUUAAAAUUUAGUUAUUUUUUAAAAUCUUUGUAAAUCGAGACCUAAACGAGUGACCAGUACCAUUUAGUAAAAUAAUUAUUUGAUUA